AUGAGUGACCCGCCAUUUGAGCCAUCAAAAGCCCAGCUACGACAUGACCCUAUAUACUACGUGAAGCCAGCAACCGAGGACAGAGAUAAGCUAAGAAUAUGCAUCGAUAUACUCGAAAAUCAGGAGAUACGUCAAUGUUUCCGUGAGCUGGAAGACGAACCGGGAGCUGAUGAACUCACUAUUAAGAGUGCCAUCAACCGCAAAAAAGCCCUUCUGAUCGAUGGUAUCACGGUCGAUGCGAGCCUGCAUGACCUUGUCUGCGUGUUCGUCGAUAUACCUGAGAGGCGCCCUCUCAAAGCCCGCCGGUGCCUCCUUGAUUCUAAAGAGGAACUACGGAAGAAAUUUGAGGCUGCCGAGCACCAGGAGCAGUCUAUUGAUGCACUUGUCCCGACUGAGCCAGUUGAGGAUGGGUCUGUGAGGAUUAGUUACAAUUUCUACACCAAGGCUGACAGCGGUAGAAUGGUGUAUGAGGAACUACUGCAUCUUGUCGAUGUGUACCUUGAGAAUAGGUUGACUGAUUCAGAUCUACCAGUUAUCCUCGGUGAUGGACUCCGGGUGGCCCAGACUGAGCCUGGAUUGUGGCGAUUAGACCGUGGUUAUGUCUACGAUAGGAACCCACUGGGCGUGUCGAAAGAAACCUUUUAUCCGGCUUGGGGCAGAGCAAUAGAACGAGAGAGAACGCACGGAUAG